AUUGCAAUGCACUAUGAGGCCAGCUCAGUACAUUAUAAGGUGGAUGAUGGCGAAAGUGAUGAUGAAUAUGCUCAUCUCCUCCCACCUGAUGGCCAUACAAUCCAUAUCACAACAUCCUCGGGUAUCCUUGAGACUCAUACUGUUACACUUUUUCAUCAACUUAAAUGUCUUGAUAUCAUACGCAAAGAAUAUGCAUAUUCUCAUCCUUCAACACCCGAGCUUACCCAACAUUGCUUGACAUAUCUACACCAAACCAUCCUUUGCAGACCAUACUUUGGCUUGGAGGUCACAAAGAAUGUGGCAGCAACAGCAAGAAAGAGCCGUGAAUUGGUUUGUCGGAACUGGGAGGCAGUCUAUGAAGAGGCACAAGAAAAU